CUGACUGCCCGAUAAUCAGCCAGCUCGACAACCAAACCGCUCGAUACGAUACGAGGCAACACAACCAGGCAUCCGCCCGCCCGCCCGCCGUCCCCGACAGUCCAGAUUGUCAACCCUUCCUCCUCCUCCUCCAUCAUGGCCACGCCGGGCAAGCAGCCGGCGUCGCGCUGGGGUUCGUUCCUCUCGCAGGCCGUCGCCGGCGUCGAAUCCCGGCUUGAUAACAUGCUCACCGAGGGCGAGGAAGCCGAGCGCCAGCGCCAACUGCAGGCCGCCGCGAAGCCCGCAGCCGCCGCCAAACCUGCUCCCCAACCCGCUAUGCAAGCUGCCAAACCAGCUCCUGCCCCCAACAAACCCGCCUCCCGAGCCAACGACCGUCUACAAGCUCGCCUAGCCAAAGCCGUGGCCGCCAGGAACGCCCAGGCCGGGGGUUCCCCGCGCAGCUCCGUUGACCAGCCCAGGCCCACGUCAUCAGCUCGCGCCUCGAUAGACAAAGGCCCUUCUCCCGAGACGCCGCCUACCAAGGAGACUCCCGAGACGAACAAGUCUAAACAUGUUCCACCUGACCUCGAGCGCUCGGCGACACCGACGCCAGAUGCCUCCACGAACUCCAAAAACGGGGAUGUCACCGUCAAGCAGGAACCUCCCAAGCAAUCCAUGCCCAAGCUUACUCCCGAAUCCACACCUGAACCUGCCACAAACCAUGAGGUUGCCAACGAAGUGAAAUCCCAAAAUGAAGUCAAGCCCGAAACCAAAUCCGAGAGUCAGUCCGAGCCCGGAGCCCAAAAACAGGAACCUAAGGAGGAGAAAGUGAGCAUCGACGACACCAAAAAGGAAGAUUCCCAGAAGCAGGGCACCAAGAAGCAAGAACCCCAGGCAACGAAGGAGCAAGAUAUUCAAGAGCAACAAUCCAAGAACCAGGAUACACUAAGGGACACCAUAAAGCAAGAUAGUCAGCGCCAGGACGCCCCGAAUGAUAGUCCAGCACUAGCGCCCCCUACUGAACGUCAGGCCAAUACCUCACAAUCCAAUGAGGAACUCGAGACCAUCCAGGCCCGUCAGCAGGAGGAGAUUCAAGAAUACGUCGAGCGAAUAGACACCCUCCAGGCCAAACUGCAAUACCUGUCUAAGAAUGCUGCGGAAGCCGCAAAGAAAAGCAAAGCGGCCGCCCCGUCUGGCAGCGUCGAGCGGAGACUGGCCGAAAAGGAUGAGAAGAUUGCGCUAUUGAUGGAGGAGGGCCGGAAACUCUCCACCUCCGAGCAAAAGUUUCGAACCGCCAUCCGAAAGCUGCGCGUUCAGCUUACGGACAAUGAGAAGCAGCUUGAUGAACUCAAGAAGGGAAAAGAGAAGGCAUCUGCGGAAGCUGAGGCCAUACGCAACCACAUGAAUAGCAAUGAGGAGCAAGAGAAACUAAAUGAAGAGGUGCGCAAGGUGAGUGCUGCUCUACAAAAGGAGAUUGAUGCUCUGAAAAAGGACAAUAUGGCCAAAGACGCGGCCUACAGACGGCUAGAACAGGACUCGAAGGCGAAUGCUGAACAGGCCGAGCUGGCAAGCAUUGAAGCCCGUGCCAAAGCGCUAGCCGUGGAACGAGCCAGGCAAAAGGAGCUUGAAGAUACCAUUUCAAGUUUACAAACAGAAAACGAAACGCUAUCAAACAAGGCGCGUCUAGACAGCUUAGAGUGGCAGGAGAAGUUGGAUCGUGCUCUCGAACGCAACCGCAAUGUGGAAGAGGAGCUCAAACUGGAGCUUCUGGCGUCCGAAAGCAAACUAGAAGCGAUGCGAGCGGCUGCUGAAGAGGCGUCCUCGGGCUUUGGGGGCGAGUCCCAGAUCAAGUUGAUCCGGCAGAUCGAGACCUUGCAGUCACAGUAUGCCUCAGCCAGCGAUAACUGGCAAGGUAUCGAAGCCUCCCUGCUGACCAAGGUGUCAAAUCUUGAAAAGGAGAGGGACGAGGCCCAGCGACGAGAGUCGGAAAUGCGAAAGAAGGCUCGAGAUUCGGCCAGUCGCUGCAGACGUCUUGAAGAUGAGCUACAGGAUGUAAACCCCGCACUCGCAACUGCCCAGCAGGAGCUUGAGACAUGCCGUGAACAACUCGCUGCUCUACGCGUCCAAUCCAUGAGCACCGAGACAGCCCUCGAACAAGCACGAGCAGACCUAGAGAAACAACAACGCUCCAUCAGUAAAGAUCUAGCAGUCGAAGUCGAACGGCGGCAGUGGGCGGAUGAUGUUGCUGGAUCAAUGUUCAGAGGCCAGAGCCGUCCCGAAUCACCACUGCUCUCUGUGCCUCGAACCUUCAGCUCCGACUUGAUUGGCCUUCCUCUGCCCGGACGACCGCCACGACGGUCCCCUACUCCUGGCAGCAUCCCCGACAGUGCUGCCGAUAGCAUGUUCUUCGGUAGACGACUCUCGAACCAGCCUCCUAUUCGAACCAGCACACUUUCUACUUUGGGGACGGGAAUACCACCCCCUCCGCUGUCCCCAUUCGAACCGCUCAGCGAGUCACCUCGAGCUACCUCACCCCCGGCAGACCGAGACGACGACCUCGAUUCAUCUGCCCCACGAAAUGUGGCGCAGGAUAUGAUAUCCGUGUCGACGGUGGGAGCCGGCCCAUCGGUGCAACUAGUGGAACGGAUGAGCGCUGCAAUCCGCCGACUAGAAGCCGAAAAGGUAGCCGCAAAGGAGGAGAUGGCUCGUGUGUGCGGCCAGCGAGACGAGGCGAGAACCGACAUGGUCGGAUUAAUGAAAGACCUGGAGGCCGCCAAAUCGGCCACUUCGCGUGUGACGGAGCUCGAGGUCGAGGUUGGCAAUAUCAACUCAAGAUACCAGACUACGUUGGAAAUGCUAGGCGAGAAGAGCGAGCUCGUUGAGGAGCUCAAGGCAGAUGUGCAAGACGUCAAGGCCAUGUACCGCGAACUAGUUGAGCGAACUGUCAAAUGAGCGGAUAGAGGUUUCUUAGAUGGAUGACCUUUUUGAUUCACUUGGUCUUUUUUUUCUUGCUUGUAUUCAUAGCUACCCCGACAGCUCAAUACCCUCCCGCUCGGCACCCUGUAUGACAUAUUGGCGUACCUUUUAUCAAGAGUUAGAUGGAGUUUCUUUUUAGAUCGGAAAGAGGGGGGGUAGAGGCCAAGACGGGUUUUAUAUCUUCCAAUUGCACA